AGCAUGUGCUGUAAAGGUUUGGUUGGACGCACAGAAAGUCAACAUUUUUGAAAGUCAAACUAAUCCUUCUCUGAGUCUGAGAGAGAGAGAGAAACUCUUUUUUUGUUCUUUCAAUUUUUGUGUUGUUUUGGUCAAUUUACUCUCUAUCAGUCGCCAAACAAAAACAUUCAAUUCCCAAAACCAAACAGAGAAGAACAAAACCAAAACAAACAAAAAAAGAUCAAUUCUUCCUUGGAAGAAGAAGAAGAAAAUUCCCAAUUUUUAUCUUUAAUGGAUCCGUCGGAGUAUUUAGGCGGCGAUCAACAGAACCAGAAACGGCAGCUUCAGAUCUGUGGUCCUCGUCCUUCACCUCUCAGCGUCCACAAAGACUCUCGCAAAAUCAUCAAGAAACCUCCUAAACACCCUGCGCCGCCGCAGAACCGUGACCACCCUCCUCCUUAUGUUCCUAGAGAGCCCGUUGUUAUCUACGCCGUCUCCCCCAAAGUCGUACACGCCACCGCGUCGGAAUUCAUGAACGUCGUCCAGCGUCUCACCGGGAUCUCCUCUGAAGUUUUCCUCGAAUCCGGCGGUGGUGGAAACGUUUCUCCGGCGGCGAGGCUAGCUUCCACGGAGAAUGCUAGCCCGAGAGGAGGUAAAGACCCGGUGGUUGCGAGAGAUGAUGAAAUCCCGACGGCCAUGGAUGAAGCUGCUGAAUUUGGUGGUUAUGCUCCGGGGAUACUCUCCCCGUCUCCGGCGAUGCUGCCAACAGCUUCUGCCGGGAUUUUCUCUCCGAUUAUUCAUCAAGGUGGGAUGUUCUCGCCGGCUAUACCGCCGGGCUUAUUCUCGCCGGCGGGAUUUAUGAGCCCGUUUCUGUUUAGUCCUGGUUAUAAUAUUGCUUCUCCAACAUUUGCUGAUGUCUUUAGUAGUCAUUUUUGGGAUCUUUAGAAACCAUAAUAUUCUGAUUUUUGUGUUUUGAUCUGUAAUUUUUUUUUCUUGUAUUGUAUGUUGACAUAUCCCAAUGUUGUAACCCAAAGGGUUUAAAAAUGAGCUUCAUGUAAAAAAAAAGAAAUUAAACUUAA